AUGUCAGUGGGAAUAGCUCCUCUCAACCCUAAGCCCUUCCUGAAUAGUCUGGCUGGAAACCGAGUGAUCAUAAAGCUAAAAUGGGGCAUGGAGUACAAAGGGAACCUCAAAUCUUUUGACGCCUACAUGAAUAUACGGCUGGCCAACGCGGAAGAAUGGAUUCAUGGAGAGUACAAAGGCACCCUGGGGGAAAUAUUCCUGAGGUGUAACAACAUACUGUACAUUCGGGAAGACAAGGAGACGGAAAAUUCAUCCGAGUGA